CUCCCUGUGUCUGCUCUUCUGCAGAACGCACCAUGUGUCCUCUUCACCGCCCGUCACGCCAGUGCCGCCACGAACCUGAAAGACGUCCUUGCCAGCAUGAUCCCCAAGGAGCAGGCGAAAAUCAAGAGCUUCAGGCAGCAGCAUGGCAACACGGCCAUUGGGCAGAUCACGGUGGACAUGGUGUACGGCGGGAUGAGGGGCAUGAAGGGGCUGAUAUAUGAGACCUCCGUGCUGGAUCCUGAUGAGGGCAUCCGCUUCCGCGGGUACAGCAUCCCCGAGUGCCAGAAGCUGCUGCCCAAAGCUGCGGGGGGAGAGGAGCCGCUGCCCGAGGGGCUCUUCUGGCUGCUGGUGACGGGAGAUGUGCCCACCCAGGAGCAGGUGAGCUGGCUGUCCCGCGAGUGGGCCCGGCGUGCCGCACUGCCCUCCCACGUGGUGACCAUGCUGGAUAACUUCCCCACCAACCUGCACCCCAUGUCCCAGCUGAGUGCCGCCAUCACUGCCCUCAACAGCGAGAGCAAGUUCGCUCGCGCCUACGCCGAGGGCAUCCACCGCGUCAAGUACUGGGAGUUUGUCUACGAGGACGCCAUGGACCUGAUCGCCAAGCUGCCUUGUGUCGCCGCAAAGAUCUACCGCAACCUGUACCGCGAGGGCAGCAGCAUCGGGGCCAUCGACCCCAACCUCGACUGGUCGCACAACUUCACCAACAUGCUGGGCUACACCGACCCCCAGUUCAUCGAGCUGAUGCGGCUCUACCUCACCAUCCACAGCGACCACGAGGGGGGAAACGUGAGCGCCCACACCAGCCACCUGGUCGGCAGUGCCCUCUCCGACCCGUACCUCGCCUUCGCUGCCGCCAUGAACGGGCUGGCUGGGCCCCUGCACGGCCUCGCCAACCAGGAGGUGCUGCUCUGGCUGACCAACCUGCAGAAGGAGCUGGGCCAGGACGUGUCAGAUGAGAAGCUGCGGGAUUUCAUCUGGAACACGCUCAACUCUGGCAGGGUGGUGCCGGGGUACGGGCACGCGGUGCUGCGGAAGACGGACCCCCGCUACACCUGCCAGCGGGAGUUCGCCCUCAAGCACCUGCCCAAGGACCCCAUGUUCAAGCUGGUGGCCCAGCUCUACAAGAUCGUCCCCAACGUGCUGCUGGAGCAGGGCAAGGCCAAGAACCCCUGGCCCAACGUGGAUGCCCACAGCGGGGUGCUGCUGCAGUAUUACGGGAUGAAGGAGAUGAACUACUACACGGUGCUCUUCGGGGUCUCCCGAGCCCUGGGCGUCCUCUCGCAGCUCAUCUGGAGCCGGGCGCUGGGCUUCCCCCUGGAGAGACCCAAGUCCAUGAGCACAAAGGGCCUCAUGCAGCUCGUGGGCUACAAAUCUGGGUAAAGAAGGGACGGGGACAGGGCCGUGGCUCGCUGCUCCCCAGGGAACGCUGCGCUGCUGUCGGGCCCCGGGGACGGACUCAGCACUGAACCCCCCUCGGGCACAGGCCGCGGGUCUCCUGUGGUGCGAGCGGAGCC